GAAGAGUUCGAAAGGGAUCCGGAAAAUGCUCCAUGUUCAACGUUUGAAGCAGAGAGAAAAACGGGACGCCAAUGGCUAUGGAGAAACAAGCCCUAACAAACCAAAUGCCGCUCAUGGAAUUUCAUCUUUCCAACGCGAUUAUAAUUACGAACAAGUAUGAACAAUCCAACCAACGAAUUGAUCUCUCGGCUUUGAUUUGCUUCCUUCUUUGCUGUCGCUGCUCAAUCGAUCUCUCCCUGGGCGUUUAUAAGGCGGGAGAGAUCUAAUUUUAUUUUCUUCGAAUUUCUCCUUCCUCCGCCACUUCAUCCAUCAAUUUUGCCUCAAUAAUGGGCUGUGGAGAGUCGAAGCUUGCUGUCGCCACCACCGAUGGCGUCCUCCUCCGCAAGAAAUCCAGCGCACGAUCCAAGAACGGAUCCAAAGCUGCUGCUGUUGCCGUUGUGGAUGAUGUGAAGGCUGCGUCAGAGAAAAAAACAGAGAAGAUUAUCGAUGAGGAGAAAAUUGAUGGCUCUGUGAAGAUUGAAUCGGAGAAAAAAAUAGAGAAGCGAGAGAAAAAGAAGAGCGAUGCCGAGAAAAUCAUUGACUCUGUGAAGUUUGAAUCCGAGGAGAAGAGCGAUGGCGUUGUGGCGGAGGUCCAGAAUCCGGCGAUGGAGGUAGCGAAAACAGAGGAGGUCACCUGUGACGACGAGAAGAAGGAGAAGGAGGACGGAAACAAUGGCGGUGCUAUUGAAAAACAGGUCGCCGGAGAAACAAAAGCAGAGAAGGAGAAGGAGAAGGAGUUCAUUGUUUCCGGCAGUGGAAUUGAAGUAGCACAGGAAACUAAACCUGCCGUGGAACAGCAGUUGGCUGGAGAAGUAGAACAGGAAAAUAAACCUGUGGAGAAAAAGCAGGUGGCCAGAGAGGUAGAACAGAGAAUUAAACCUGCUGAGGAAAAGCAGGUAAUUAAAACUGUGGAUGAAAAGCACUUGCCCAUUGAAACGAAGACAGAGAAGAAGGAAGGCGACGAUAAUGGCGGCAGCGGCAGUGUUGAACAAGUAAUCAAACCGUUGGAGGAAAAGCAAUUGGCUGAAGAACCCAAAGUAGAGAAGAAAACUGGAGAGGCAGUGAAAUUGAAAGAAGAAACCCAAGCUAAGAAGGAAGAACCCGCUCCAAAAGUUGAACAAACCCAAGCUAAGAAGGAAGAACCAGCUCCAAAAGUUGAACAAACCCAAAUCUCAGACACUCCAGAUGCCAAGGGAAAUGCAGCAGGUGAAUUGGCAGUGAAGGACUCGAAAUAGCGCAAAAAAGUGCAUUGGAAGGGGCAUAUGAUGGCGGCUACUGGUAAAUGAUUUUGAGGCCAAAUUGAAAGAUGAUUGGAGAAAUAGUUAUAUAUCUUUACACAGAAACACACAUAUAUAUAAACUAAUUUUUAAUGUUGUAAAGAUUAUAGAAUGUUUGGUGAUGACUUUAAUAAGAACUCCGGUGGUUCAUUAAA